GCUUAUUACGAACUGCUCCUUUUCACCUCGUUGUUUCAGGCCCUAAUUUAUUCCCUCAACUGCUUGUUUAUCCUUCGCUUUGAGGUUUUAAUGCUUAUUUUUGUUUCUAUUUCGAUUCAGAAAUUCGAGAUUUCUGGUCGGCAAUGGAGGUUGUGAAGGAUGAUUUCUCCAAUUUGGAGAUUGGGACUUCGGUCGAGUCAUUUCAGAAGUUUUUGGACUCCCAAAAUGAUCUAUUUCGCUCCCAGGUCGAUCAACUCCAGAGAGUUGUUGUUACGCAGUGCAAACUCACAGGCGCCAACCCGCUCUCUCAAGAGAUGGCUGCUGGUGCUUUGUCAAUUACGAUUGGAAAAAGACCCCGAGACCUUCUCAACCCCAAGGCUGUAAAGUAUAUGCAAACUGUUUUUUCUAUUAAAGAUGCACUUAGUAAGAAAGAAUCACGAGAAAUCAGUGCCUUAUUUGGUGUCAAAGUUGCACAGGUCCGUGAUUUUUUUAAUAGUCAACGUUCAAGGGUGAGGAAACUAGUCCGUUUGUCACGGGAACGAUCCAUCCAAUCUAAUUCUUGCAAACAACUUGAAGUUGGAGGGAUUGCAACGAACAACGAUCCCAGUAUGCCAAUUGAUGCAGUUCCUUUGAACUCUGAUGCAUUGGUUCCCUUGAACUCUGAUGCACCAAUUCCAUUGAACUCUGAAGCUCCGGUUCCUUUAAAUUUUGCUACACCAGUUCCCUUAAACACUAUUGAACCCAGUAAUGUCGAUAAUGGACCAUCGUGUUCAACACAGGAUAGUAAACUAUCUGACAUAGAUGGUAUUGAUAAGCAUUUUGUUCAAACUAUAUUCAGUAUGAUGCAGAAGGAAGAAACGUUUUCUGGUCAGGUGAAAUUGAUGGAAUGGAUCUUGCAGAUACAAAAUUCUUCAGUGCUAUGUUGGUUCUUGACUAAAGAUGGUGCAAUUAUUUUAGCAACUUGGUUAAGCCAAGCUGCUGCUGAAGAGCAAACAAGUCUCCUUCAUGUAAUCCUUGAGGUUUUUUGUCACUUGCCUUUACAUAAGGCUCUUCCUAUGCAUAUUUCAGCGAUACUCCAAAGUGUUAAUAACUUGCGAUUUUACAGAACUUCAGAUAUAUCAAACAGGGCAAGGUUCUUAAUAUCAAGAUGGAGCAAAUUGUUGAUAAGAUCUCAAGCAUUAAAAAAGCCCAAUGGCAUGAAACUUCUGACCAAUUCACAAACUGAUAUGAUUCUGAAACAGAGUAUUGGAGGCAUUACGAGUGAUGAGUCAUGGAAGUCAAAUAUUGACAUACCUGAAAAUUUCGGUAAUCCUAGUGUAAAUGUAGAUAACAUGAGAAGAUUUUCUUUCUUGCACUAUGGACGUUGCAUUGAUCUGUCCAUGUUAGUAAAUGGAGUGUUCAAAGAUAAUUUCCUUAGCUGGUUAAUAGGAUUCAGAGAACGCAGGAAAGUUCAGAUGGUAGAACAGCCGGAACAGAAAGUUGCUGGCAGAAACUUGCAGGCUCCAAGAACUCCUGCAAGUCAAGGUCGGCCGAUGUCUACCGAUGAUAUUCAGAAAGCAAAAAUGCGGGCACAAUUUAUGCAGAGCAAGUAUGGGAAGACUGGUAUAUCUAAUGGACGUACGCAUACGAAGUCUGAGAAUGUAAACAAACCAUUACAUUCCAGUGCAUCAUCUCCAGCAUCCAAAAUCUCUCUUCGUCCCAAAUGUGAGGACCAGAAAAAGGCCAUGGUGCUGCUUCCAAAAAACAGUAAUAAGGUUGAAACGCCGCUUCAUUCAAAGAUUGAAGUGGAGUUCAAGGAUUCACUCGGGGAGACAUGCAAGAGGGUCCAGAUCCAAUGGCGGAUGCCUCCAGAAAUGAAAUUCAAUGAUCUCUGGAGGGUAGGUGGUGGCGACAAUAGUAAAGAGGCUGGAUUCCAAAAAAAUAGGAACUCUAGAGAGAAGGAAACUUUCUACAAAACCAUCCUUGAGAUACCACCAAAUCCCAAGGAACCAUGGGACCUCGAAAUGGACUAUGACGACUCCUUGACUCCUGAAAUUCUGACCGAGCAAUUGCCUGAUAAUGAAAGUUCAGAACCCGAGAUUCGAAAUUGUGUGGUGGAUGGUGCUGUUCCAUCAGAGGUGAUCUCAUCUCAGGAUCUCAAGCCAAAUGCAGCUGCUGAUGAACCAGAUCUUGAGUUGCUUGCUGUACUUCUGAAAAAUCCAGAAUUAGUUUAUGCCCUCACUUCUAGCCAAGCAGGCAAUUUGCCUGCCCAGGAAACUGUAAAACUGUUGGAUAUGAUUAAAGCAGGUGUGGCUAAUGGCGUAAACGGGAUGGAAAAGACACUGGAGAAAGUUGAAGUUUCUCUUCCAUCUCCUACUCCUUCGAGCGAUGCUGGAACGAGUGGAUGGAAGCCCGCAGUCUUCAAGAAUCCUUUUUCACAGCGAGAUUCCAUUGCAGAAAGCAGAGUAGCACUCCCUUCCCCACCAGUUGAUACUUCAAGCAUUGCAGUNCCUUCCCCACCAGUUGAUACUUCAAGCAUUGCAGUGUCACGUAUGCCACCAGUGUCCCAGCAGCUACCUGCAUCAGUUUCUCAGUUUUCACUCGGGCUCCAACCGAAUCACGUAGUUGACUCUCACCAACACCAACACCAACAGGGCGUUUUAAAUCCGAAUGUUCGGUUACCGAACUCAGAAAAAGCCUUAGCAUUGAGGAGUUUUCCUAUCACCAAACUACCCGUUGUUAAUCUAUCAACAGCAGCUGCCUCUUCAGUGAGGAUUGAAGGUGGAAAUGUUGCAAAACCUGUUUCAUUUGCAUCAAGUACACUAGAAAGAGUACCAAUCUCAUUCCAAUCACCACCUUCCCCAACCCCAACACGAAUGCCACCAAUACAGCAGCAACGACAGCAGCCACAGCUACAACCAUAUCGGUCAGAGCAUCCGCAUCAAACUCGUGUAAAUAUCUCAUCAUCAUCUGCCGAGAAAUCAGCCACUGGUUUAGGUUCAUGGAGACCAAGGCUGCAAGACAUUGGUUCCCACUAUAACAGUGGAGGUAACCAAAAUAACGAAAGUAAAUAUGUUAGAGGUCCCAUGGCGGGAAGAGGAGGGCCUUCAUGGGGGAGAAAUGAAUUUGAAUCAUGGAGUCCAGAGAACAGUCCGGUAAGAACUCAAGAGUACAGCAGGGCAGACAGAAGCUAUGGGGCUGCUGAGCAGCAGAGACAAAGCAGCAGUCCUUAUGGAUAUGGAGAGCAAAGCAGACAUGGAAACAACAGCAGAAGGUGGCAUGAUCGGCAAUAUUGAAGCUCUCUGAAUUGUUGUUUCCUCCUGAAAGAGGGAGAGGGUGGAAAAUUUGGCUGUUAAAAGGGAUUGAAAAGCAUUAGAGAAUGAGGCUCCCUCUUAAGAGAAUGGGUUGAGAUUGGCGUUCCAUAUUUGCAAGUUGUAUACUAUACUAUCUAUUCAAGGGGGGAGGCUAUUUGCAAGUUGUAUACUAUACUAUCUAUUCAAGGGGGGAGGCUCCCAUGAAUGAAAAUAACGCAAAUUCACCA